AUGCUCCUGGAGGCCGCUGCCCUCAGCGGCGGAGAUGUCUGGCGCCUCCUCGACGCCGUGAAGUUCCGCGCCCCGGACGGCGCGGCCUUCGGCGCGGUUGCCGGGGCGCUGCGGCGCGCGGGCCAAGACGACGCGCCCGUUUGGGAAAGCUUCGCCCAGUGCCAUCGCCACAGCAGCCCCGUCAUGGCACAGCUCGUGAAAGAGCGUGGCCAAGACCGGGAGAAUCAGGACUUCACCGUUCGGCCUGGACAUGCAUAUGCCAAGGAGCUGCAGCUACUUCGGCAGGUGCUCACUUCGACACCAAAGGAUUCCGCCUCCGCCUGCCGCGUGAUGGAAGCCUUCGGGCGGGAGGCGUUGCCAUCCUCCAGCAAAUGGCUGAAGAUUGCUGGAGGGCAGAAGUCUGCGCUGCUGGCAGAAGCUGUGGCCAGAAGUCCUGAAGGACUGGCCUUAGAGCUGGGCACAUACUGCGGUUUUUCUGCGCUGCACCUGGCGCAAGCCAAACGUGUGGUGACUCUCGAAGCAGAUUUGGGCCACGCGAUCAUUGCCGAGACCCUGCUGACAUUUGCAGGCAUGGCUGACAAGGUACAGGUGAUCGUCGGCCACAGCGAGGACAUGUUGCCCUGGCUUCUGCAGCGAUUAGGGCCCAUCAGCUUUGUGUUCAUGGACCAGCGCGGGUCCAGGUACUUAGCUGACUUGGAGAUUUUGAAGCAAUCUGGGCAAUCUGCCGUGGUGGUGGCAGACAAUGUCCUGAAGCCUGGAGCCCCAAAGUUCCUUUGGGCUCUCACCAAUGACGACGCCUUCGAAACAGAGGUGGUGGAGUUGGAGGAGUUUGCGAUGGAUGGCGUGCUCGAUUGGAUGACGGUGAGUGUGUUCCGAAGUCGCGUUCCGUGCCGGGACCGGUCACCUCCGGUGCCGGAGAGCAUUCGGUUCCUGGAGCACCAAGCAGAGGCCAUGCGCAGCAGGACACAUUUCCCGGAGCAUGGCGGCAGCGGUGUUGGCUUCAAGCAAUGGGCCGCCUUCAGUGCAGAGAUGCGAGAGUCGCUGUGCCAGGCGCUUUCGCUGAAGCUGAGGCGCUUCGAGGAGAAAAGGUUACCGUCUUUGGAGUUCUGGCUCCUUUGCUGCUGCGAGGCCUCGGCAAAUGUCGAGAAGUCAGUUUGUGCCGGCCUGGGGGUGGUGGAGUCGGCAGUGACAGCCGCUUUGCUGGCCGCAUAUUCCUCCUGCGCAUGGUUGGUUUGGUGGAAUCACUUGCUGGGAGGCUCUAGGCGUUGGGCAGAGCUCAGCUCGCGGCUCACCAGUCAGUUGGCUGACCAGGCAGACGUCACAGCAGGCAUCGCCUACCUUACCCGGGACUGGGCAGAAAUGGCGCGACGGUCCCAUGCCGCCCUGGACCAGGAGUUUUGUGGCAGUUGGCGGACCAGCCUACAAGAGCUGGCAUCCAAGUUGACGGACAUUUGGACGGAUAUCAGAAACGCAUCAACUGGCUGCACCGCACAGCCGCAGAUUGCUGUGGAGAGAUCCAAAUCUGUGCAUCUGCCUGGUGCAGCCACCUUCGAUUUGGACGCCUGCUUCGAUCUCUAUGAGCACAGGGCUCAGGAGAACAAGGCGUUCAACAGAUCAGACUCAGCACCACUUGCAGGACGAGCCUCACUGGCACUUCAGCUGUGGUUCAAGGUUGACAGAGCCGUGCAACGUGCGCUGCACGUCGAGGUGGAGCGGAUGACCAAGGCGCGGGACAUGGACGAUCCGAAAGCCCUGCAGGAGAUGUCGCUGGCGCCGCAGCGGCUGCAGCCAGCAACUGCCGCGAGCCCGGACACCGUUGGUUGGCUUAUGGAUGAGCGCAUCCACACCACGCUGCAGGUGGCGGAACUGAGCGCAGGAAUGGGAGCUUCCGACGAGGGAGCCUAUGGCAGAGCGCAACGCAUAGUGUUGGAGGGGCGAGUGUUGGAGGGCGCGUCAGUGAGGCCGGCCAUGAUCAGUUUGUCCAGCAAGGAAGAGACUGAGACCUUGGGCGCUUUGCUGCUGUCCGAGCGACUGCAGCAACGCUUCCAGUACAAAUCCUUCAACUUCGGUGAUGAGAUGCAGAGCCCCACAAAUGAUCAGGGCGCUGGCAUCGAAGAGUUCGAACGGCUGGAGCAAGCCCUGUCCGCCAACUUCGACUCCCUUCAGGAGCUGCGGACACGCUUAGCGCCCAUGGCUAACUCUGCCGGCACGCUGCGCUGUCCACGCUGGCAGGACUUUGCGAAUGCAGCCAGGGAGUUGCGCCAGAUACUUCGACGCCUGUCCGGAGGUGUCGCUGAGACUGCCUCACGCGGCAUUCUGGCCUUGCAAGGCGAAGAUUUCAAGCGGAAGGGAGAUGUGGUCCUGGAGGAUAGCCCGGAGGACCGUGCAGCUGAGAUGCGCAUCAUCCUGUGCCUAGCUGCUGCAGCGCUGGCAGGUGCUGCUGCAAUUCCAUAUGCAGUCCUGUUGCUGAACUACCAGCGGCUGUCGCUUCCGCAUGUCCACCGACGCUUCGAGCGGCAACUUGGCCAGCUGUCCUCGCGACGGGAGGAGAUUCUGGUGGAAAUCCGCGAUUUGCAGCGGUCCUCCCAGAAAGCUGGGGCUGCCCAUGCACGUGCCUGCAUCUGUUUGCAAAGCGUCAAUGUCUUGCGGAACAUUAACUAUGUGCUCCUUUGCAUCAAGACAGAGUCGCAGAGGGCCGCAGCGGCCAGUUCCAGCUUCGGGGCAUCGCAGGAUGCUGUCAUCCUGGGCGGCUUGCGCCUGCUCUUGGCGCUGCUACCCCGCUGCGAGAAGAGAUGGGAGGCGGAAAUUUUAGCGGAUGAGGACUGCGGCACUGCCCUGGUGACUUUGGCCAAUGGCCAUGCCCCGCCGGGCAGGCUGCAGCAGCUUGUGGCUGACAGUCAGAAGCGAUUAUGGAUUCUGUCACUCGCUUUGUCUCCGAGGCUGACGCAAACAGGAAGACCAGGGCGCUGCUCAAGGGCAUCUCCGGAUCCUCUGGGAUGCGGGGCCUCCAGAACAUGCUGGGAGCCCUGCGGUGAGCGGAGAUUGCGUGGAGAUACGCAGUCGGCAUGA